AUGAAGAAAUCAAUAAUUAGACCAGUUAAUCAGCUUUACUCUCCCUCUAUAUCGCACUACAGGUCUCAAACAAGUGGUUCUGGUGUUUUUGAUCAAUCUCGUAUAUUGGAAGAGACGUCGGAGAAGUUCUAGCGAUCAUGGAUGAUGCUUGAAAGCGUGGAGGAAUUGAAGAGUCUUCGUUAUGCAUUGAAGCAGACGGCCACUGAGCCCAAUUUCCAUCCAGAAUGCCAUUUGGGGGGAACACUGGUGUCUGGGAAAGUAUAUAAAGUGACUCCGAUGGAAUUUUAUUAUUGCAAUAUUCCCACAAAAGGUUAAAAAUCUCCUCUGAAUUGCACGGUGUACUGUGACGGUGACUUUCAGAUAAUGAUAUCUUUUAACUCUCCAUUUCCAACCAAAUUUAAUUGCGAUCAAGUGAUAAGAAAUAGAACAUGGACUGUAAGACAUAAUGGGGAAGAGAAACUUAAUUUGGCAUUUGUGGCUCGUAAACAAACAGACAUCAAGUUCAUGAUAUACUAUGGGUAGACAGACUCUUUCAAGAAGUUGAUACGAAUAUCAAGUAAUCACGAGAGAGUGCAGAUGAGUGAUGAGAUUCCCAGAAUGCCCCAAUUUAUAGUGAAUCAGAAUAAGAUACAGGCGGUUAAGAAAGUAAAUAAGUAUGAAGUGGAGGUGAGUCGAUCAGAUCGUUUCAUGCAGGUGCUCAAGACGAGAAAUCUAUAAAAGAAAGCCAUCAUAGAGGCUAAUCAAUAGAAGAAUCUUGAUUUUCAAGCCAAGGAGUGGGCUCAUGAUGAAUACAAGUUGAUUACAUUGACUUUACGAAAUCGGGAGAGAAGGAGAGAGUAGACCUUCCUUUGGGGUGAAUUGCUUCAUUUUUUGAAGUUGGUAGACAAUUUGUAUAGCAUAUUGCAACAGAGAAGGAGAUAAUUGAAGAAAAAUAAAAUGAUGAUCAUAAGCAUUUAAUUGAGGAUGAGGAAGUUCAGGGAGGAUUACAAACUGAAUCGCGAGGACUUAGGUCAUAGGACAGUGGGACAAACAAUGAUGACGUUGACAAUGUUUUGUAAGCAAUCGAAGAGGAGGAUCAUUCACAAUUCUUUGAUUCUUGUUCUGCCACUGUUGAAAUGGCGAGCGAGUCUGUACAUGUUCAAGAAGAAGGCUUUGGUUACAAGUGGGAAGUUACAGUUGAUCAGGGUGAAUUUGAAUUAGUUCGUUAAGAAUGUGAGGGAGUACAAAGCCAGGAUGAUUCAGAAGUGGGAUCAGUAUACCAUGAAGAUUCACUAGUAUCAAUCUAUGCACAAGGCUGAUAAGCGCUUUUUGACUUGGGCUAAAUUCCUAUAUGAGAAAGGAUACCAAUUAUAUUUUUAGAACUUGUUCAUCACUUUGUUGAUGCGAGAAAGGUAUCGAUCUCACAUCAAGGAACAAAGGGAAAUCAUGAAAUACAGGUAAGAGAUGAAAUCUGCAAAGUUGCAAUUGAAGUUUGCCAGAGAAACUGUGGACAUCUUGACUUUGCGUCAAAGGAUUUUCAAGUUGAGCAAUGACAUUUAUGCUAUGUAAUUGAAGAAUCAAUUUUUUAUCCAUUCAGAUGUGGAGAGAUUCGUGUCUUCCAUUAUUGAAUAGAGUUCCUUCAUCUUUAUGGAUGAAGACAACAAUCAGAUGGGUCAAGAAAAGUCAUCUCGUCUUCGUGUUAGUUUGAAGAGAUAAAAAACUCUUCGUAUCUCUAGAAAAUCUUGA